AUGGACGCAACCCCCGAAGAUGGUAUUCAUCUAGAGAUUUCUCGUGAGAUAGCCGAGUUAAAGAAGCUUAUCGAAGUUGGUGCGGCAGCAAGGAAGGCAGAUAUAGCAAGGCUAGAGGCGGAGCUAGACAAAGCCAAGGCAGACAAAGCCAAACUAGAAGCAAAGAUUUGUCAAGAUAUCUUGGACGUUCUCCGAAACCGGUUCCAGCAGCCUAACGCCCAGCGUCAAGCUUCCGCUGCAGCAGGUCGUGAUGGAGUCCAGGGACCACCUCGUCACACCGAUCCCUUAGCUCUGAAUCGCUUUCGCAACGAUCUACGCGACCACGGCGUCAAUCUAAGCCUCGAAUUGCUGGAUCUGCUGUGGAGCGACCCAUGCCAGCUCAGUGUUCAGUCUGGGGAUGCCGCAGGUCUCGCAAAAGACGAUAUUCGACAGAGUAUCCUACAGGAGUUGGAGUUAGGCACAUGGGAUGAUAACCAGAAAGAGGCUAUGAGGGAGCUGUUUCAGUUCGUGUAUAACGAGGAGUUAUGA